AAUCAGAAUCUUGUUUCUCUGUGUUUUCUUUCAUGUCAAUCUUUGUUUUUUUGAGUGAAGAAGAAGAAAUUGGAAAGUAGUUUGAGUUUCCCAAAAGCUUCAUUGUUUAAUAAUGUUCCCGUGACUUUCUCUCACCUCUUUUUUUUAUUUUCUUUAUUGCUAACAAUUUCAGCCUCAGAAAUCAAUUUUUUUUUCUUUCAUUUUUCAACCAAAUCUACUCUUAAUUUGCUUCAUCUUCACCUCUUCACUCACCCAGAUCUCUCUUUUUGUCUCUGGAACAAUACAUCAUUGGUUUUCCAAUUACUGCUGCAAAGUUGAGGAGAUUGAAGAAGAACAAGCUUUGUUGCUUUGAUUAGUUUCAUUUUUGUUUGGUUUGCAAACAAAAUGAUCUUUGAUACCCCUCCGUCCGGCGCCCAAAGUGUGAGAACAAACAGAUUUUCAUUUGGUUCUAGCAUUGCCAAUGAGGGUACUCCUCUACACAGCUAUGGUUCUAUUACAAAUGGCGAUGGCUAUGACAGUGAUGGCUCCAAUUUCGCACCACCCACACCGUCAACUCUACCUAUGGCUAUUCCAGCAGAACUCGCUGGAGCUGCACCCUUGAUUGAAAGAUUCCAGGUGAGGAACUAUAUAUGUGGAAGUUUUUUUAAAAUUGAUGCAAAAACAAAUUCAAUCUGCGGGGAAGCGGGGAUUUUUUUCUAAGCGAUCCGUGGGCCCCCAAGUUCGAGAGAAACUUACAAUUGAAGACAUGCUUUGCUUCCAAAAGGAUCCGAUACCAACCUCAUUGCUUAAGCUGAAUGGCGAUUUGGCAAGCAGGGCAAUAAAGUUGUUCCAGAUGGUUUUGAAAUAUAUGGGCAUUGAUUCGUCUUCACUAAGCGUAGAGGAUCGGGUUGAGCUUGUAGGUAAACUAUACAAGCAAAGUUUGAAGCGCUCUGAACUCCGAGACGAACUUUUUAUCCAGAUAUCAAAACAAACAAGAAACAAUCCGGAGAGGGAAUGCUUGAUCAAAGCGUGGCAGCUAAUGUAUUUAUGCGCGUCGUGCAUGCCUCCUAGCAAAGACAUUGGAGGAUAUCUGUCAGAAUAUAUUCACAAUGUAGCGUAUGGUGCGACAGUUGAUCCUAUGAUCCAAGGCCUUGCAUUGAAUUCCUUAAAUGCUUUGAAGCACUCUCUUAAGGCUGGUCCUAGGCAUAUAAUACCCGGGCCUGCAGAGAUUGAAGCUCGGAUAACCGGGAAAAAGCUCACAAAUAUAGUCUUCUUUCUGGAUGAAACAUUUGAGGAAAUUACAUAUGACAUGUCAACAACCGUUGCAGACGCUGUUGAGGAACUUGCAGGGAUCAUUAAACUGUCAACAUACUCUAGCUUUGGCUUGUAUGAGUGCCGCAGAGUUGUCACAAGCUCAAAAUCAUCUGAUUCUGGGAAUGAGGAGUACAUUGGGUUGGACGAUAAUAAACACGUCGGCGAUCUACUGGCUGAAUUUAAGGCAGUAAAAGAUCGAAACAAGGGAGAAACUUUGCACUGCAAACUAGUAUUCAAGAAAAAGUUAUUUCGUGAAUCGGAUGAAGCCGUGAUAGAUCCUAUGUUUUGGCAGCUGUCUUAUGUACAGUUGCAGCAUGAUUAUUUUUUGGGUAAUUAUCCUAUUGGAAGAGACGAUGCAUCAAAGCUUUCUGCAUUGCAAAUCUUGGCUGAGAUUGGAUUUGUUAGAAGACCUGAAUCAUGCGCUGAUUGGAAUUCAUUUCUCGAGCGGUUUCUUCCCAGGCAAAUUGCAAUGACUCGAGCAAGACGCGAAUGGGAGUUGGACAUUCUUGCUUGCUAUCACUCACUGGAGCAUGUCAUGAAAGAAGAUGCAAGACAACAAUUUUUGCAUAUAAUAAGAACACUUCCUUAUGGUUUUUCUGUUUUUUUCAAUGUUCGCAAAAUUGACGAUCCUAUUGGACUCCUUCCCGGACGAAUAAUAUUAGCAAUUAACAAGAGAGGGGUUCAUUUUUUUCGUCCCAUUCCGAAGGAAUAUUUGCACUCAGCUGAAUUGAGAGACAUAAUGCAAUUUGGAAGUAGUAAUACUGCUGUAUUUUUUAAAAUGCGAGUUGCCGGCGUUCUUCACAUAUUCCAGUUUGAAACCAAGCAGGGAGAAGAAAUUUGUGUAGCUCUUCAAACACACAUAAACGACGUAAUGCUGCGCCGAUAUUCCAAAACACGAUCUUCUCCUACUGGUUCAUUAGAUAAAGAGAUUUCCAGUGAUUUCAAGCCUCAAAAUCUGGAAUUGAACGAGAAACGUGUUCAAGAAUUAACAGAAGCUGUUGAAGAUUCUCAAAGAAAAGCUGAUCAAUUGCAGGAAAAAUUGCACGAGAAGCAAAAACAAGUAGACGAGGUGCUCCAAGAACUAGAAUGCUCGAAAGAAUCUUUAACAACUUUGGAGCAUAGUCUUGCAGAAGUGACAAAUGACCGUGAUAGGCUUUUAUCACUAUGCGAUGAAAAAGAUAAAGAACUUCAGGAUAAAAUUCUAGAGAAAAGGAGUUUGGAAGCAAAGAUGGCCAAGUUGAAUAGUUUGAUGAUAGAUGAAGUUUCCAAUAAGGAUCCUAUCGGAGCAAAUGACCCGGCAUUGCGAAAGCUUGAAGAUGACUUGAAACUUUGUAGAGAGGAGUGUAUAGAAGCUGAAGAGACAAUCAAAAGCUUGACAAAUGAGAAGUUGAUUUUGACACAUAAGCUAUCUGAGCUUGAGAAAAGGAAUGCGAAAGAGAUUAGUACUAUUCAACGAAAAUUUGAUCAAGAACGCAAAACUCAAAACUCUCAAGUGCAAGAUCUAGAAAGAAAACUCGAUGUGCUUAGACAAGAACUGGUUGUGGCUGAAUCUACACUUUCGGUGAAGGACUCUGAAUUGGCCGCUUUGAAGAACAAUUUAAAAGAAUUAGAAGAUUUGAGAGAAAUGAAAGAGGACAUUGACAGAAAGAACGAACAAACAGCCUCCAUAUUGAGGAUGCAAGGGGCUCAACUAGCCGAAAUGGAAUCGCUUUAUAAAGAAGAACAGGUUCUCAGAAAGCGAUAUUUCAAUACCAUAGAAGACAUGAAAGGAAAAAUAAGAGUUUACUGUCGACUAAGACCUCUCUCUGAAAGAGAGAUUGCCGAGAAAGAAAGAGAUGCACUUUCUGCUGUAGACGAGUUUACUAUUGAACAUCCAUGGAAAGAUGAUAAAGCAAAACAACACAUAUACGACCGUGUGUUUAAUUGUGACGCAUCUCAGGAAGAUGUUUUUGAGGAUACAAGGUACUUGGUGCAAUCUGCUGUAGAUGGUUAUAAUGUUUGUGUAUUUGCUUAUGGCCAAACUGGCUCUGGAAAGACCUUUACAAUCUACGGAUCCGAAAAUAAUUCUGGCCUUACACCACGCGCCACUGCAGAGCUUUUUAAAAUUUUAAGAAGGGAUGGUAACAAGUUUUCUUUUUCCUUGAAGGCGUAUAUGUUGGAAUUAUAUCAAGAUACACUUGUAGAUCUCUUGUUACCUAAGAAUGCAAAGCGAUUAAAAUUGGAGAUUAAGAAGGAUUCAAAGGGAAUGGUAACGGUAGAAAACGUAACGACCGUGUCAAUUUCUACCGUGGAUGAGUUGAAUAGCAUAAUACAAAAGGGUUCUGAACGACGACAUACCUCAGGGACACAAAUGAAUGAAGAAAGUUCAAGAUCUCAUCUUAUAUUAUCAGUAGUAAUUGAAAGUGUCAACCUUCAAAGUCAAUCAUCUGCAAGAGGAAAGUUGAGUUUUGUGGAUCUUGCUGGCUCGGAACGAAUUAAAAAGUCAGGAUCUGAGGGUAGUCAACUGAAAGAAGCUCAAAGUAUAAACAAAUCAUUAUCAGCACUUGGUGAUGUUAUUAGUGCUUUAUCUUCUGGUGGACAACACAUACCUUAUAGAAAUCACAAGUUAACUAUGUUGAUGAGUGAUUCACUUGGAGGCAAUGCCAAAACUCUCAUGUUUGUCAAUGUAUCUCCAAUAGAAUCAAGCUUGGAUGAGACACAUAACUCUCUCAUAUAUGCGUCGCGAGUGAGGUCUAUUGUGAAUGAUCCAAGUAAAAAUAUUUCGUCGAAAGAGAUAGCUCGACUGAAGAAGUUAGUGGCUUAUUGGAAGGAGCAAGCAGGUAGGAGAGGGGAGGAUGAAGAUUUAGAAGAAAUUCAAGAUAAACGGCCGACUAAAGAGAGGAACGACGGCCAUGGCCAUGGCCAUGGACGCCAUACUAUGUAAUAACUUUAGGCAAAUGAGAGUUCUUUAAUGACUUCUAGUGUACUGGUUUGGCCAUUUGCUGUAAUUUUUUGUCUUUGGAAUGUUGUAGUUUCUACAUUCCAAGAUCUCACAUGGCUUCUAGUUGUAUAGUUGAAUCAUGUAUAUAUUUUUAGUAAUAUUUAACUCAUUUAUGUAUAAAUAAAUAUAUAGAUACAUUAUGCUAUCUGAAUAUGAUAGUUGGUAACAAAUAUUGAAGACAUGUUAUUUUGUUA